GCUGUGUGUGGAUGUUGUUCUGUUAUGUCGUUUUCUGCGCAGGUGCAGCUUUAUGGGAUCCAUGAAGACAAGAUGCAGCAGUGUAGGAGGUGGAGAAGGUGGAGGAAAGACAAUGAGACUAAGAACCAGAGCAGACUUCUUCUACAUGGACAAACAUAUUGCAGGAGAAGAGGAGGAUGGGGGGAGAAUAGUGGAGGGGAGUAGAGUCCUCUACAUACACAACCCUCUACACAGUAGACUUACUUCACUCCAGAGAAUGAGUUUGCUGUUUCCUGUCUCUGGAUGGACCCUCAUCUUAUUGGCUACCGAAAAGGGGUGUGGUCAUUGUGGAGCAAACUAAUGAGAGAGAACAAUGGCAUGAAGACUUCCAGUGCUGGCUCUCCUCAGGAGAGUCCCACCAGGGAGCUACAAAGUCACUGACCAGAAACCUACAACAAAGAGACCAAGGGUCAAACUCCAUAUGCAAAUUUACAGACACAGACCUGAGACCAACGAUCCCCAAGCAAUGUCAACCUUCUAACUCAAAUGUCAACCUCAGGGGUCGUCUCCUUAGAGGACUUCACUCUUCUCUACAGAACCUGAGCCCUAGGACCAUACGUCAGGACUACCGGGCAUGACGACUCCCUGCUGCCCCCAGUCCGCCUGGCCUUGCUGUUAUUCCAGUUUCAACGGUUCUGCCUGCGGUUACGGAACCCCUACCUGUCCCAGACCUGCUGUUUUCAACUCUUAAUGAUCGGCUAUGAAAAGCCAACAGAUUUAUUCCUGAUUAUUAUUUGACCAUGCUUGUCAUUUAUGAACAUUUUGAAAAUCUUGGCUCUCUCUAAUUUUCUCCUUCUCUCUUUCUUUCUCUCGGAGGACCUGAGCCCUGGGACCAUACGUCGGGACUGCCGGGCGUGGUGGCUCCUUGCUGUCCCCAGUCCGCCUGGCCUUGCUGCUGUUCUGCCUGCGGUUAUGGAACCGCCACCUGUCCCAGACCUGUUGUUUUUCAACUCUUAAUGAUUGGCUAUGAAAAGCCAACUGAAUAUUAUUAAUGAUUAUUAUUUGACCAUGCUUGUCACUUAUGAACAUUUUUGAACAUCUUGGCAUAGUUCUGUUAUAAUCUCCACCCGGCACAGCCAGAAGAGGACUGGCCACCCCUCAUAGCCUGGUUCCUCUCUAGGUUUCUUCCUAGGUUUUGGCCUUUCUAGGGAGUUUUUCCUAGCCACCGUGCUUCUACACCUGCAUUCUAGCUGUUUGGGGUUUUAGGCUGGGUCUCUGUACAGCACUUCGAGACAUUAGCUGAUGUACGAAGGGCUAUAUAAAAUAAACUUGAUUGAUUGAUUGAUUUGUGGUAGUAAAUAGAUGGCUACGAAUAAUAUAGAUGAGAACUCUCUUGGUAGAUAGUGUGGUCUACAGCUUAUCAUGAGAUACUCUACCUCAGGCGAGCAAUACCUCGAGACUUCUUUAUUAUUAGACAUUGUGCACCAGCUGUUAUUGACAAAUAGACACACACCCCCGCCCCUCGUCCCCUCGCGAAUGACAGGGAUUUGGGCCUGGUCUCCGGGAAGCAGUAUAUCCUCCUCGUCGGACUCAUGAAAGAAAAAGUAUUUGUCCAGUUCGAGGUGAGGAAUCGCUGUUCUGAUGUCCAGAAGCUCUUUUCAGUUAUAAGAGAGAGUAGCAGCAACAUUAUGUACAAAAUAAGUUACAAAAAAUGCUAAAAACCCCCACACAAAAUAGCACAGUUAGUUAGGAGCACGUAAAACGGCAGCCAUCCCCUUCGGCACCAUUAUAUUAAGUCAUAUCACAGUCCAGUAUACUAUACUUCAGCAUCCCCCCACCAGACCUCUACACCACCACACCAGGGGUGGAGCGGUCCAUCCACCCAUGCCUGCUUACAGUCGAGACCUUCCAGUCUGGUCCUCACCCACGUCUCUGACGCUGACCUGGAGCAGUGAGGCAAGUGGUUGGAUAUACUAACUUGUUUUUCUGUCACCAAUAGAGCCUUGACCUCCUGGAAAAAAUGACUUAUCCUCUCUCUCUCCCUCACUCUCUCUCCUCCUUUCUCCUACUCUCCAUUCUUCUCCACUCCUCUCCCCAACUCUCCCCUCCUCUCUCCAUCCUUUUUGUGAUGAGUCAGUAUUUAACGGAUCGCUAACUUGAAGAAAAAUAAAUCUUUUUUAUUUCCGAUAGUUUGAAACCACCUGUCAGUUGGUUACACUGACAUCACAAAGCUCUGUGACAGUGUCUGACUCCAUAAGCCUUCUAUCUGGUGACAUUGAUCACUGGACUGUGUAGUAGCUAACACUGCCGCACGUCAUGCUCUCGUGCCACAUUCAGCCUUAGGCCAAAUUACGUCAUCAUUACACAAUGUACUAAGUGGUCUAGUAAAUAGAUAUUAUUGACCAGUUAUAUAUAAUAUUGAUCAGUUAUAGGUAAAUUUGAUCAGUUAUAUAUAACAUUGGUCAGUUAUAGGUAGUAUUGAUCAGUUACAGAUAAUAUUGAUCAGUUAUAGACAAUAUUUUUUUAUUUUUUAUUUAACCAGGUAGGCUAGUUGAGAACAAGUUCUCAUUUACAACUGCGACCUAGCCAAGAUAAAGCACAGCAGUUCGACACAUACAACAACACAGAGUUACACAUGGAAUAAACAAACAUACAGUCAAUAAUACAGUAUAUUAUUGAUCAGUUAUAGGUCAAAUUGAUCAGUUAUAGAUAAUAUUGAUCAAUUAUAGAUCAUAUUGAUCAGUUAUAGGUCAAAUUGAUCAGUUUAGAUAAUAUUGAUCAGUUAUAGGUCAAAUUGAUCAGUUAUAGAUAAUAUUGAUCAGUUAUAGAUAAUAUUGAUCCAUUUUAUUAUUUUAUAAUAACAAAUUGCACAGUGUGUAAUUUCAACACACUGGUUGAAUCAAUGUUGUUUCCAUGUCAUUUCAAUGAAAUCGGGAGGGAAGGAAAGGAAGUGAGAGAGAGGGAAAGAGAGGGAGAGGCCCCUUUAUUUGUCUAUCUAUGUCAAGGUGUGUCCUUGAGUCCAUCUGUGGGCUGGGGACAGCUCUAUGACCAGAAGGGUUGGAGGACAGGACAGGACGGUACUCAACUCUAAUGCGCAUGUUCAUGCUUGUGUGUGUGUGUCCUUGUGCCUGUGUGUGUGUGUGUGUGUGUGUGUUAUGGUAUUUAUGCCAGCUUGUAAGAGCUUAGUUUGCACAUUAUUAAAGCAUACCCAGCACAGUGUAGUAAUCAGUUAUCAGAGCCCAUGGGUAAACUAAAUACAUACAGUUGGCCUGAGGAGAAACUAAAAUCGAGAAAUGUUUGCACAGAACCUGAAGUGUGGUUGGGUUGAUUUCAAGAAACCUAGUGUAACAGGGUUGGUUAUGUUUCCACUUGCCUCUAAAGAAAUGUGUAUUUGAUGUUCAAGCAUUCUUAUUGGUUAGUUCAAUUCUGAUGACAAUAAGGGGUGUUGUGAUUGGCCCCACUUGCAGAUAGGGGGAGAUCGCGAACGUCAGGUCUUCCCAGUAUGAAAAUGUGAUGCAAGGGGUAGGUCACGUUCUGAAUACUGUUUUCUAUUUUCUAUUUUACAAUGUGUACAAGUUUGCUGUACGUUACUGAUUUUAUACAUGUGUGGGUAUAUGGUACCUGUUAGGGAUUGAGGGGCUUUCUGGGAUGUGCUUUGGCAUAUGAUUGCUGUAAAUAAUUGUGUUAGCUAGCAUACACCGAUGUCAUGGUCACAUAAGCCACGGCUAACACAGUUGUCUUCAUGCUACAGAUUUUGUCAUCGACAGCCAUCAACACUGUUAAGCCCUGCACAACUAACGUGCUGUUUCCCAUUUAACAACAGGUAUUUAUACAUGUUAUAUUUUGUAUUGUAUUUUUGUAUUUUGUUCGCCCAGUAUGAAAAUGUGAUGCAAGGGAUUUUGUCAUCGACAGCCAUCAACACUGUUAAGCCCUGCACAACUAACGUGCUGUUUCCCAUUUAACAACAGCAGAAAUAAAUGAUGCUCAACUGGGACCACUGGCCGAAGUUAUUUAUUAUUAUAAAACACAACGCAUGGAGAGUACACUAUACAUCUGUUACACUAGCAGGACACACGCACGCACGCACGCACGCACGCACGCACGCACGCACGCACGCACACACACACACACACACACACACACACACACACACACACACACACACACACACACACACACACACAAAUACUCAAGGACAUCACCACUGUACAUUUUGCUGCUGGGAGCUGCUCACCUGUGUUUGACAUUCUCUUUAGAUACCGGCAGAUAUAUUUGUGGAACCAUAACACUACAGUUGAAGUCGGAAGUUUACAUACACCUUAGCCAAAUACAUUUAAACUCAGUUUUUCACAAUUCCUGACAUUUAAUCCUAGUAAAAAUUCCCUGUUUUAGGUCAUUUAGUAUCACCACUUCAUGUUAAGAAUGUGAAAUGUCAGAAUAAUAGUAGAGAGAAUGAUUUAUUUCACCUUUAAUUUCUUUCAUCACAUUCUCAGUGGGCCAGAACUUUACAUACACUCAAUUGGUACUUGGUAGCAUUGCCUUUAAGUUGUUUUACUUGGGUCAAACAUUUUGGGUAGCCUUCCACAAGGUUCCCAAAAUAAGUUGGGCGAAUUUUGGCCCAUUCCUCCUGACAGAGCUGGUGUAACUGAGUCAGGUUUGGAGGCCUCCUUGCUCGGACAUGCUUUUUCAGUUCUGCCCACAUAUUUUCUAUAGGAUUAAGGUCAGGGCUUUGUGAUGGCCACUCCAAUACCUUGACUUUAUUGUCCUUAAGCCAUUUUGCCCAAACUUUGGAAGUAUGCUUGUGGUCAUUGUCCAUUUGGAAGACCCAUUUGCGACCAAGUUUUAACGUCCUGGCUGAUGUCUUGAGAUGUCGCUUCGAUAUAUCCACAUAAUUUUCCUGCCUCAUGAUGCCAUCUAUUUUGUGAAGUACACCAGUCCCUCCUGCAGCAAAGCAACCCCACAACAUGAUGCUGCCUGUGCUUCACGGUUGGGAUGGUGUUCUUCGGCUUGCAAGCCUCCCCCUUUUUCCUCCAAACAUAACCAUGGUCAAUAUGGCCGAACAGUUCUAUUUUUGUUUCAUCAGACUAGAGGACAUUUCUCCAAAAAGUACGAUCUUGUCCCCAUGUGCAUUUGCAAACCGUAGUCUGGCUUUUUUUAUGGCGGGUUUGCAGCAGUGGCUUCUUCCUUGCUGAGCGGCCUUUCAGGUUAUGUCGAUAUAGGACUUGUUUCACUGUGGAUAUAGAUACUUUUGUACCUGUUUCCUCCAGCAUCUUCACAAGGUCCUUUGCUGUUGUUCUGCGAUUGAUUUGCACUUUACGCACCAAAGAACAUUCAUCUCUAGGAGACAGAAUGCGUCAUCUUCCUGAGCUGUAUGACGGCUGCGUGGUCCCAUGGUUGUCACGCCUUGACCGUAGAUUGCUUUGUAUGUUUCUAUUUUUUGUUUGGUCACGGUGUGAUGUGGGUGGGCAUUCUUUGUUUGUAUGUCUAGGUUUUGUAUUUCUAUGUUUUGGCCUGGCAUGGUUCCCAAUCAGAGGCAGCGGUCUAUCGUUGUCUCUGAUUGAGAACCAUACUUAGGUAGCCUGUUUUCCCACUGGUAGUUGUGGGUGGUUAUUUUCUGUUUAGUGUUUGUUGCACCUGUCAGAACUGUUCCGGUUAUUCCUUUUGUUAUUUUGUAUUUAGUGUUCAGUUUCGAAUAAAUAAUAUGAACACGUAUCACGCUGCACCUUGGUCCUCACCUUCUUCCGAUGAAUGUCGUUACAAUGGUGUUAUACUUGCAUACAAUUUUUUGUACAGAUGAACCUGGUACCUUCAGGCGUUUGAAAAUUACUGCCAAGGAUGAACCAGACUUGUGGAGAUCUACAAUUUAUUUUCUGAGGUCUUGGCUGAUUUCUUUAGAUUUUCCCAUGAUGUCAAACAAAGAGGCACUGAGCUUGAAGGUAGGCCUUGAAAUACAUCCACAGGUACACCUCCAAUUGACUCAAAUUAUGUCAAUUAGCCUAUCAGAAGUUUCUAAAGCCAUGACAUCAUUUUCUGGAAUUUUCCAAGCUGUUUAAAAGCACAGUCAACUUAGUGUAUGUAAACUUCUGACCCACUGGAAUUGUGAUACAGUGAAUUAUAAGUGAAAUAAUCUGUCUGUAAACAAUUGUGGGAAAAAUGACUUGUGUCAUGCACAAAGUAGAUGUCCUAACCGACUUGCCAAAACUAUAGUUUGUUAACAAGAACAUUGUGGAGUGGUUGAAAAACAAGUUUUAAUGACUCCAACCUAAGUGUAUGUAGACUUCCGACUUCAACUUUAUUUCAUACAGAAGUCUGACUGACUUUCUUGUGUUUCCCCAGGAUCCGCCGCUGGGGAUAAGAAGACUAAGUGUGUUUGCUGAAGGAAGACAAACACCCAAAUAAACAGAAGAGCUCAACAGUGGGACCUUGCUGUUUCACCACUAGUGAACUACACAUUCUCCCUUUACAAUUUAUAGACCAGUGGUGUCCAACUAAAGGGGUGUAAACCAUCCCUUUUCAGGUUACUGUACCACCAAGAGUCAGUUGUUGACCUUUCAGGGCUAUGUCUGCCUGUCUCCCAAUAUGUAUGAGUCUAUAACACAUUAACAGUAACAGAGGGGUCUGAUGACCACAACGUAACAACAAGGAUUAGCCUAUAACACAUUAACAGUAACAGAGGGGUCUGAUGACCACAACGUAACAACAAGGAUUAGUCUAGAACAUAUUAACAGUAACAGAGGGGUCUGAUGACCACAACGUAACAACAAGGAUUAGCCUAUAACACAUUAACAGUAACAGAGGGGUCUGAUGACCACAACGUAACAACAAGGAUUAGUCUAGAACACAUUAACAGUAACAGAGGGGUCUGAUGACCACAACGUAACAACAAGGAUUAGUCUAGAACACAUUAACAGUAACAGAGGGGUCUGAUGACCACAACGUAACAACAAGGAUUAGUCUAGAACACAUUAACAGUAACAGAGGGGUCUGAUGACCACAACGUAACAACAAGGAUUAGUCUAGAACACAUUAACAGUAACAGAGGGGUCUGAUGACCACAACGUAACAACAAGGAUUAGUCUAGAACACAUUAACAGUAACAGAGGGGUCUGAUGACCACAACAUAACAUAACAUAACGCACACACACACUGAGAUGUGAAUGCAAAUAGAAAAAUAAACAGUUAAAAUAGAUUAACCAACACACCUGUACAUUUUUUUAAACUUUAAAGUACUACAUCAGUCGUUUUUUGGGGGUGUCUGUACUUUACUAUUUAUAUUUUUGACAGCUUUUACUUUUACUUCAUUACAUUCCGAAUGAAAUUAAUGUACUUUUUACUCCAUACAUUUUCUCUGACACCCAAAAGUACUCGUUACAUUUUGAAUACUUAGCAGGACAGGAAAAUGGUUAUCCCUACUGCCUCUGAUCUGGCAGAUUCACUAAACACAAAUACUUCAUUCAUUUUAUUUAUUUUUGUAUUUAUUUAUUUUGAACCUUUAUUUAACUAGGCAAGUCAGUUAAGAACAAAUUCUUAUUUACAAUGACGGCAAUAUACUGUAUGUGAAAUUAUUUAUACUUUUACUUUUGAUACUUAAGUAUAUUUUAGCAAUUAUAUUUACUUUUGAUACUUAAGUAUAUUUAAAACCAAAUACUUUUAGACUUUUACUCAAGUAGUGUUUUACUGGGAGACUUUCACUUUUACUUGAGUCAUUUUCAAUUAAGGUUAUCUUAACAUUUACUCAAGUAUGACAAUUGGGUACUUCUUCCACCACUGCAUUUAUGCAACGGCUUCACUGUGGGCACAAUCAGAAUGCGGAUAAGAUCAGGACAAAGGACGCAUGUUAAACCAGGUGUAAACGAGGCUUUUGGUAGCGCAGGGCACAGAUGACCAUGUCCGGAGUUGGAGCGCACUCCCAUUGGCUAAGCGAGCGCUACGUGUACAUUACAGCAGCAACAGGUACCUCACAUGUUUACAGUUAUCUUCAUCCUCGGAGCGGAACCGCAGACCCUCCUACCACUUAAGCAAAACGUGCAUUCUGAAGAUAUUAUCGAUGUUCCACGGUGAAAACUAUUCUUCUACAUACAGGGGAAUCUUACUUUCACUUGAAAGGCUGUUGUGAGGAAGAGGGGUAACUAAAUCAGGCUGAAGGAUGAAGUCUAAAGGGAAGGCCGCUAAGUCAUCCAGAAAACCCUGGACCGGGCAAGACCUGGACCUUGAACCAGAGAACAGAGAACCAGGCACCAGCGAACAGGAGGGCUCUGAGGCCUCGGUCCGUAUUGGAGGCUCCUGGAGAGGCAUUCUGAGGGGCGGGGACCGCGAGCGAGGCGGAGGCGGUGGCACCACCCACGGCCCCCACAGACACCGACGGUCUCACAACAGCAACAAAGAACGCAACGUCCGGCGGCUGGAGAGCAACGAGCGGGAGCGCCAGCGCAUGCACAAACUUAACAACGCCUUCCAGGCUCUUAGAGAGGCCAUUCCGCAUGUCAAAAUGGACAAGAAGCUCUCCAAGAUCGAGACGCUGACGUUGGCUGAGAACUACAUCAAGUCCCUGACCUCCAUCAUCCUGGGGAUUUCCAGCGCCCGCCUGCCCCCUGGUGAGACACCGACAGAGGCUAGCGCUGCCAGACUGCUCCAGUUUUACCAGCAGCACCUGGAGGAGGAUGGGCAUGAGAGCCUGUCUCAGUUCCUUACCCAAAUCCACAGCUUCUGCCAGGAGAGCUAACAUCUAGCCUCAGUUCCUCACCCAGAUCUACAGCUUCAGCCAGGAGAGCUAACAUCUAGCCUCAGUUCCUCACCCAGAUCCACAGCUUCAGCCAGGAGAGCUAACAUCUAGCCUCAGUUCCUCACCCAGAUCCACAGCUUCAGCCAGGAGAGCUAACAUCUAGCCUCAGUUCCUCACCUAGAUCCACAGCUUCAGCCAGGAGAGCUAACAUCUAGCCUCAGUUCCUCACUCAGAUCCACAGCUUCAGCCAGGAGAGCUAACAUCUAGCCUCAGUUCCUCACCUAGAUCCACAGCUUCAGCCAGGAGAGCUAACAUCUAGCCUCAGUUCCUCACCUAGAUCCACAGCUUCAGCCAGUAGAGCUAACAUCUAGCCUCAGUUCCUCACCUAGAUCCACAGCUUCAGCCAGGAAAGUUAACAGCUUGCAGGUGCUAACUCCACAGCCAAAGAGUUGAAGCAUCCAGGCUUGACUUGAGGAGCGAAUCUCAACUGAAACCCUAUCUACCAUAUUGUACACCACUACUCUACUUAUGACCAUGGCCAAAAGUAGUGCACAGAAUGGGGAAAGGGUGUCUGAGAGGCAGCCUUAUACUCCGACAAGCUAGUGAGCUAUAGUGACAUACCUGACCAUGCACUAAAUGGAGCACACAAGAACUUGCCUCAGUAACUCCAUGAGACAGUGGUGGGAGGUAAUUUGGAGCACUGUACCCUUGACAUUCAUUCUCAGAAACAUAAUGGUGGAGUACAAGUGAAGACAGACAGACAGGCAAAGAGCACCAGCAGCCUGUGGACUAUGUCAGAUUAGACAAAGGCCUAGCCAGAGCUGUGACAGACAGAAUCCCCAAAGGACCAUGAUAUAACUUCUAGAACAGUGGAACUUAAAGUUUAUCUCACGUGGGAUUCUGAUUCUGAUUUGUGGUGAGACCCAAGUCAAAGUACAUUCCAGUGCCAUUUCAUCUGUUUUCUUAAUUUUAUUCUGUCAUUUUUAUAGCUGGCGAUUAACUGUAGUUACCUGAUUGGUCAGAAAUGUAAAAUAACUGAUUCUUAAAGUAUAGUAUUCUCCAGCAUACACUGUAGCCCACAGGGGCCCAAACUGUGUAUAUAGGACAGGCCACCCUAGCUGUAGAUAGGACAGGCCACCCUAGCUGUAGAUAGGACAGGCCACCCUAGCUGUAGAUAGGACAGGCCACCCUAGCUGUAGAUAGGACAGGCCACCCUAGCUGUAGAUAGGACAGGCCACCCUAGCUGUAGAUAGGACAGGCCACCCUAGCUGUAGAUAGGACAGGCCACCCUAGCUGUAGAUAGGACAGGCCACCCUAGCUGUAGAUAGGACAGGCCACCCUAGCUGUAGAUAGGACAGGCCACCCUAGCUGUAGAUAGGACAGGCCACCCUAGCUGUAGAUAGGACAGGCCACCCUAGCUGUAGAUAGGACAGGCCACCCUAGCUGUAGAUAGGACAGGCCACCCUAGCUGUAGAUAGGACAGGCCACCCUAGCUGUAGAUAGGACAGGCCACCCUAGCUGUAGAUAGGACAGGCCACCCUAGCUGUAGAUAGGACAGGCCACCCUAGCUGUAGAUAGGACAGGCCACCCUAGCUGUAGAUAGGACAGGCCACCCUAGCUGUAGAUAGGACAGGCCACCCUAGCUGUAGAUAGGACAGGCCACCCUAGCUGUAGAUAGGACAGGCCACCCUAGCUGUAGAUAGGACAGGCCACCCUAGCUGUAGAUAAAUGUUUUCAACCUUUUAGGAACAAUGUUUGUUUUCCCAGCUGAGCACUACCUCUGGACACAACAGUCACAUACAGGACAAGGAUAUGCGUACCUAUACUGGUCCCACAGACGGCCUCUGGACACAACAGUCACAUACAGGACAAGGAUAUGCGUACCUAUACUGGUCCCACAGACUGCCUCUGGACACAACAGUCACAUACAGGACAAGGAUAUGCGUACCUAUACUGGUCCCACAGACUGCUUCUGAGCGCAACAGUCACAUACAGGACAAGGAUAUGCCUACCUAUACUGGUCCCACAGACUGCCUCUGGACACAACAGUCACAUACAGGACAAGGAUAUGCGUACCUAUACUGGUCCCACAGACUUUAGUCAAAUACUGUACUGUUUAAGGAAGGGAAAGAAUACACACUGUAAUUUAAAUGAAGUGUAAAUUAUUAGAAACAUAUUUGUAUGUAUAUAUUACAUUUGGGGGUGGUUGACACAGUUAUUUAAUUGCAGAGUGGAAGACAGGUAGGUGGGACAAACAGUUUGAAGGGUUGGAGCAGGGAAUUGAACUUAUGCCUCUGGUGGGAAGAAGAAGCCAGCAGUGUUACCGCUAGACCACAGGAUCUACACAGAGCCAUUUGUGUACAUGGCAAAAUGUACAGUAUGUGUUGACCAAGUUGUUUUAUCUCCAUGACCCUAUGGUAUCUUGUGUUUUUAUGGUUCUGGGACAUGCAUGUCGGUAGCUCAGUUGGUAGAGCAUGGCGUUUCCAAUGCCAGGAUAAUCGGUUCAAUUCCCAAUUGUACACAAAAAGUAUGCAAGCAUGACUGUAAGUUACCUGGAAUAAAUGCAUCAGCUAAAUGGCAUAUUUUCAAAUGUUAUUAGAACAGUGGUGUAUGUGUAAAAGGUGAACGUAAUAAUUAUGUUGCUCUUACAAUGUGUGUUUGAAUGAUACUUCUGUAAUAUCUUUGUAAACCUGAGUUCUCCUGAGACUCCAAAAAAGUGUGAAUUGAAAAAUGUAAAACGAGAAUCUUCCUUAUCAAUAAUCACAUUUAUUGAGAGGACAUUGACCAUGCACACUAUUAGAAGGAAGAAAUAUAUAGCUCAAUAACACCCUUGUUGGAGUUGGAACAGUACCGGCUUAUAGUAUUCUAGUUUACACCAUAAUCAAUGAAAGCAAUGGAAUCCUCAAGUGAAAAGUCCUCUGCUAGACUUAUGAUUUUCAUGCUAUGGUGUACCCCCUUCACAUCCCAACCUAUACGUGUAAUGUGUCCCUCCUUUAGGAUAAAUCCUGUACUGUAGUAACAGCAGUACAGGAUUGACUGAGUACAUACUCAGUGUCAUUAUCAAACAAUGCACUUGUUGUAUUAGGAACUGCCAUAGGAAGAUAAAGUGACAGUAUUCACAGAUACACAGUUUUCUGGACAAUUAAUGAUUUGUAGUUGCAGUAUAUCAGUCACUAUUGGAUCUUCAUCUUUCAGUUACAGCAGUAAGAUGAAUGAAUGCCCAAACGUGAUAGUUUCAGCCUUUGUGGUUUAAAGAUAAUAGUUUACUGCUAAAAUCAUAGGUGAAAAAUAUGCAGAUAAUAGUGUUAAAACUCUUAUUUUCCUGAGAAACAAACAAAUGAACUUUUAAGCCUUUCAAAGACAUCAUUUUUCAAGCAAUUUGCAUUUUUUAUGAAAAUAAGAAUAUGUACUUUCUUUUCAAGAGUAGCACAAAAAUGCUAUAGAAAAAAACUGUCCCCUAGGAACAUGGACAUAUAAACUCUUAUGUCACGCCCUGGCCUUAGUAUUCUUUGUUUUCUUUAUUAUUUUAGUUAGGUCAGGGUGUGACAUGGGGAAUGUAUGUAUUUUUGGAUUGUCUAGGGGUUUGUAUGUUAAAUGGGUCAGUGUCUUGUCUAGGUGUUUGUAUGUCUAUGGCUGCCUAGAUUGGUUCUCAAUUAGAGGCAGCUGUGGUUCAUUGUCUCUGAUUGAGAGCCAUAUUUAAGGCAGCCAUAGGCAUUGGGUUUUGUGGAUAAUUGUCGAUGUAGAACGUUUGUAGCUUUUGUAUUGCACUUACGUUUGUUUCGUUUUGUUAUAAGUGUUCGUUUUGUGUUUCACUCGUCUCAAAUAAAAGAGAUGUAUUUUCCA